AUUACAACACACAACACUCUCACUGAAACAACUUUCUCUGUUCAUGCGUGAUACCUUUACUUAUAUCUGAUAAAUCAAAAAAUAUUAAAUGAGAUAAAAAGCUAGUAUGUUAUGUGCCAUCACAUCCUUAAAUCCUCUGAAUUAUUCCAUUGAUUCCCAAUCUCUGCUUCCUUUAAUUUCUUUAUAUUAAUUCAUCCAGGACCCUUUCAAAGCUUCUUCUUCUUCUUCUCUAAUUUUUUUUAAUAUUACUAAAUUUGAUUUUAUAUUAUAUUAUGGGUUCUAUUGACUGUGGUCCAUCGCUUGGAGAUGAUGGGAUGGCGGUUUUGUCUCUGAAUUCGCUUCCAUUAGGGUUCCGAUUCCGACCUACAGACGAGGAACUUAUCGAUUACUACCUAAGACAAAAGAUCAACGGAAAUGGUGAUGAGGUUUGGGUUAUCCGAGAGAUUGAUGUCUGCAAAUGGGAACCAUGGGACAUGCCUGAUUUGUCAGUGAUAAGGAACAAGGAUCCAGAGUGGUUCUUUUUCUGUCCACAGGAUCGAAAGUAUCCAAAUGGACAUAGAUUGAACAGAGCAACAACUCAUGGGUAUUGGAAAGCAACAGGAAAGGAUCGUAAAAUCAAAUCCGGAACCAUCUUGAUUGGAAUGAAGAAGACUUUAGUUUUCUACAGUGGUCGUGCACCUAAAGGGAAGAGAACCAAUUGGGUUAUGCAUGAGUAUCGACCCACCCUUAAGGAGCUUGAUGGUACCAACCCAGGACAGAAUGCAUAUGUCCUCUGUCGAUUAUUUAAGAAAAAUGACGAGAGUCUUGAAGUUUCAAACUGUGGUGAAGUGGAGCAGACUACUUCAGCUCCCAUGGCUGCCAAUUACUCUCCAGAAGAAAUACAGUCUGAUGCAGCUCCUAUUGCAGUAUCCACAUCACAGGUCACAGAAGAUGACAAGCACCAGAAUGUUAUCCCUGAGAUCUCUGAGGAAACAAUAUCCAAUGUUAUAGCCUCGGUUGAUUGCCAUAGUGAUGGAUAUGAUGCUCAUGAUAUCCAAAAUAAACUUGCAGAACUAGCUGCACAGGAGGAUCAGAUGAACUUUGACAUAUAUUAUAACCCAAAAGAAGGUCUAUUAGAUGACAGAUUAUUCUCCCCAGCUCUGGUGCAUAUGCCCCAAGAAUUUCAUUACGAAGCAAACAAUGAAUCAGAUGGUGGUUGUGGGCUCCAAUAUGGUACAAAUGAGAUAAAUAUUUCAGACUUUUUAAAUUCAGAUCUUAAUUGGGAUCAACUUCCGUAUGUGGAGUCCGGUUGUCACCAGCAGAUCUUUUCCUUGUUUAAUGUUAAGGAGAAUGGUUCAGGAAGCGACUCAGAUGUGGAAGUAGCCAAUAUGACUUGUAUGCCAACUACUUAUCCUGAAGAGGCAAUUGACAGAAGGAUUCCUUGUGUGACAGCACCAGAAUCUCGCAGCACCUUUGACUGCAGUGGUGAUGAUGAUAGAAAGAGCAAGGUUGUAUUAUUACAGAACAAUUUCCAGAUGGCUUAUCCGUCGGAUGGUAAUAUUGGCGAAGUGUACAAUGUCGUCAAUGGUAAUAUUGGCGAAGUGUACAAUGUCAUCAAUGGUUAUGAGCAACCAAGAAACUAUAAUACAGUUAUUAGUGGUGAAAAUGGAAUUGUAAGAAGGGCCCGACCAGCACAAGAUGAACAAUGGAAGACAUUUUCGAUGCAAGGUACUGCUCAAAGGAGACUUCGUUUGAAAAAGAUUGAAGAUUGCUCAAAUGUGACGGUGAAAGAUGGGAGUUGUACACAAGAACAACAUAAUUCGAAACCAAUUAUUCCAGUGAAAAAAGAAGCUGCAGAAAGUCGUGCUGCCGAUGAAAGUGCUACUUGUACUCAUGCAUCUAAACAGCAGAAAGUGUCACUCAAGUCAAUUUACAAUAUAAAGAUUUCUCGACGAGUCACAAGUGCAGGUUCUAUCUUGGGGUUAAGAGACUUUUUAUUGCUAGCUAAAGCGCCUUUCAGAUCAAAGGCAUCGCCCAAAUGCACCUUGUGGUCUUCUGUUUUUGUAGUUUCUGCCUCUGUUCUGGUUUCAUUAGCAGUCUUUACUAACAUAUGGGGAUAUAUUAAAAUUUGAACUGCUAGCAGAUCAUUCCUUUGUUUGUAAUUUGCCUCCAUUUCUGUUUUUUGGGCCAGUUGAGAGGAGGCAUGUAGGGUUAACUUUCUUAGAUUCGUCGAUAACUCAAUAUAUGUGUGUGGGCAUAUAUAGUUGGUGUAUAAUAUGUAUCACCCAUUAUUCAGUUGGCUAGUCUGUAGACUCUGUUGUUGUACAUGAAGCUUAAACAGUUUCUUCAUUUAAAGUAUCCUUCCAGUUUUUUCACCUUUUGAA